AGGGAGGCCAGAAAGUAGCAGAAAGUGAGGCUGGCGGGCGGCCGCGGCGGCAGGAAGUCUGUGCCCGAGCCGAGCAGAAAUUAGAGCCGGGGAGGGCCGGCGGCGGCGCGGGAGGGCGCGAGAGGAAACUGCAGGGGAGAGAGCGAGAGAGCGAGAGCGAGCGAGGAAGCGCUGCGGCACCCGGAGCCGCCCGGCCCGCGCCCCGCGCCCCGCGCCCCCUCCUCAGCGCGCCCCCGGCCCGCUCGCCUGCCAUGGCCCGGGAGAACGGCGAGAGCAGCUCCUCCUGGAAGAAGCAAGCGGAAGACAUCAAGAAGAUCUUCGAGUUCAAGGAGACCCUCGGAACCGGGGCCUUUUCUGAAGUGGUUUUAGCUGAGGAGAAAGCAACUGGAAAGCUCUUCGCAGUGAAGUGCAUCCCCAAGAAGGCGCUGAAGGGCAAAGAGAGCAGUAUAGAGAACGAGAUCGCCGUGCUGAGAAAGAUUAAGCAUGAGAACAUCGUGGCUCUGGAAGACAUUUAUGAAAGCCCCAACCACCUGUAUUUGGUCAUGCAGCUCGUAUCCGGCGGAGAGCUGUUUGACCGGAUAGUGGAGAAGGGCUUUUAUACGGAGAAAGACGCCAGCACUCUGAUCCGUCAGGUCUUGGAUGCUGUGUACUAUCUCCACAGGAUGGGCAUCGUCCACAGGGACCUCAAGCCUGAAAAUCUGUUGUACUACAGUCAAGAUGAGGAGUCCAAAAUAAUGAUCAGUGACUUUGGAUUGUCAAAAAUGGAAGGCAAAGGAGAUGUGAUGUCCACGGCUUGUGGAACCCCAGGCUAUGUUGCUCCUGAAGUUCUCGCCCAGAAACCUUACAGCAAAGCUGUAGACUGCUGGUCCAUUGGAGUGAUUGCCUAUAUCCUGCUCUGCGGCUACCCUCCUUUUUAUGAUGAAAAUGACUCCAAGCUCUUUGAACAGAUCCUCAAAGCAGAAUAUGAGUUCGACUCUCCCUACUGGGAUGACAUCUCGGACUCCGCAAAAGACUUCAUUCGGAAUCUGAUGGAAAAAGACCCGAAUAAAAGAUACACCUGUGAGCAGGCAGCUCGUCAUCCAUGGAUCGCCGGUGACACAGCCCUCAGCAAGAACAUCCAUGAGUCCGUCAGUGCCCAGAUCCGGAAGAACUUUGCAAAAAGCAAAUGGAGACAAGCAUUUAAUGCCACCGCUGUGGUAAGACACAUGAGGAGACUACAUCUCGGCAGCAGCCUGGACAGUUCAAGUGCAAGUGUCUCAAGCAACCUCAGCUUGGCCAGUCAGAAAGACUGUGCGCCUGGCCCCUUCCACGCUGUGUAGUUUCAUUUCCUCCUCAUCAGGGGUCUCAGGAGUUGGAGCUGAGCGGAGACCCAGGCCCACCACUGUGACAACAGUGCUCACCGGAAGCAAGUGACCCGCUCUGGAGGUGGGACCCAGGGCGCAGGGCCGGGGAAGGGGAGCCCCGGGGUACCAGGCCGGAGCCGCUCCAUUGCUGGAGACCCCACCCUGCAUGGUGCACUUACCUGCUUAGGACUGGAAGACAGAAGGUUUUUUAUGGCCAUAUUUUAUACUGCAAUUCUGAAGUGUUCAUUUCUCACAAACUGUACAGACUCAAGGGGAGCUGGUGCUGUAUAUAAGAAUCUCGAAAUGGAAUGGACCUUCUUAUUCCUCUCCCCCCAACUCCGCCAUUUCCACCCUUCUCAGCAUAGGCAGCCAUCUAGGGUGUAUUUUUUUUUCAUGAAAAACAAAAACAAAAAAAAAGUGUUUCAACUGGAUUAUUUAAAUAUUGCUAAAUAUUGUGCACUAGGGUUCUCUUUUCUUUUGGAGGUUCUGUCUUUUGAUCUGUAUCUUUCAGUUCCAUGGUCUGUACUUUUGCUCUUCAUUAGUAGUUUUAUGUUCACCUUUAAGAUAUCUUUUUUUCUUCCUCCAUGGGGAAUUUAAAGGUAUUUUUAAAAAUUUGAAUAAGAGGAUCAAGAAUCCAUCUCCUAGGCUAAGAAUGCACUUUCCUUCUCUCCUUUGUCCUUGUCUCUGUAGGAAGACAGCUUAGCUCUGUGGGGCUGCCUUCUGUCCAGGGAACUCUAGGGGGAAAACUACAGAAAACUUUUCUAGCAACUCCUCCAGUAAACCCCACGCCAACCACAGCAGAAAUGAAGCCCCGCUCCCCUGAGACCCAAAGGCUCCACUUCACAGGCAAACCUUACUCUGUGAAUGAUGGUCCCACAAUGUCAUGACUUAAGAGCCGCCAUUACUGAAGAAAUGGCUGCCAUUUUGUUUAAAGACAAACUAUAAGCAGCCCUCAUUUCUCAUGAGGGAUGAUGGUCAAAAACUCUGACCUUAGCUAUGCACUUUUAAAAUUAAUCUUGUCCUCUGAGUUUUUUUAAAUGAAUUUCUAAUCUUAUACUUAAAAUGGCCUCUAAUACACACAAGUUGGUUUUCCACUUUUUUUUUUAAUCCUAUUCUCUUAUGAAUGUAGACAGCAUUUAUUUAGGAUGGUAAGGAAAACUGACCCAUCAAGUGAGCAGGACACUAACGACUAAUAGAGAUGGCUCAGCCAGCCCUGCUGGUACAUGAAGCUAUGGCUCUUAUCAGAAGAAUCCAGUAAUCAAAAACCUAUGAUGAAAGAAUAAGAAUGAAGGUGAAAUUAAGGAUU